AUGGCAGCAUUGAAUUCCGGAGAUUCCUCAUUUCGUCUCUGUCCAGCCUCGACCACUCCACUCGUUCUGCGUUCCAACAAUCGCCCUAUCCUGCACGCCGUCAACCCGUCGUCACGUGGCCUGAAGUUCCACUGCUCGCGAGUUACCGCUCUUUCCGCUGCCGCCAAAAGCGUCGAAACCUCGACGGAAAAUGGCUUGGUUGAUCAUUUCGCGACGGACGACCGACCCAUCGUGCUUUACGAUGGCGUGUGCAACAUGUGCAACGGCGGGGUCAAUUUCGCCCUUGAUGCAGAUCCACAGGGUCGUCUCCGGUUCGCGGCCUUGCAGAGCGAGGCUGGGCGUGCAUUGCUGGCUCGUUCCGGACGUUCACCAGACGACAUCAGCAGUAUAGUGCUGGUCGAGAGGGAUGGGGCUUACAUAAAAUCAGACGCAGUGUUGAGGAUUGCUCGCCUUCUUGACCUCCCAUUGGCCUUCCUCGCCGCACUUGCACCGAAGUAA